CCAAUGUUUGGGAUGGAUUGUAUCCACCUGUGUCCAUGGAGGGGAUUGGAACACCUGAAUCACAUGGUAUGGAGGGGAUUGGAACACCUGAAUCACAUGAUAUGGAGGGGAUUGGAACACCUGAAUCACAUGAUUGGGAGGGGAUUGGAGCACCUGAAUCACAUGAUAUGGAGGGGAUUGGAACACCUGAAUCACAUGAUAUGGAGGGGAUUGGAACACCUGAAUCACAUGAUUGGGAGGGGAUUGGAGCACCUGAAUCACAUGAUAUGGAGGGGAUUGGAACACCUGAAUCACAUGAUUGGAGGGGAUUGGAACACCUGAAUCACAUGAUAUGGAGGGGAUUGGAACACCUGAAUCACAUGAUUGGGAGGGGAUUGGAGCACCUGAAUCACAUGAUACCAUUCCGCCCAUUGACACCAAUGAUGGGG